CUUACCAUCGCCCCUCCCCCUCCUCCUCACAGCCCCGCCCCUCUGCUCGAGCCCGCCUCGUGCCCGUCCGUUGAGAGCGCGGAGGGAGCGAGUGGAGAGCGGCGGCGCUCCUCUUCUUCACCUUCUCGCUACUCGGGUGUUAGAAGACUAAAAGGGCCAAAAUGACAUCGGACCGGGACAGUGAAGUCGUGGCUGAAACUGCCCAAGGAUCCACGUUGCCGGUUACAUCAGAUGGCGUGAUGUUGAAUCCAAACGCUGAAGCUUGGCAUAAUCCCAUGGAGGAGGCGGUGGGAGGGAUGGAUGGUGGAAGUGAUGGAGUUGCAGUGGUGGAGCUGGACGGUGGUGGCUGCACCAAGGAUGGAGCUUUAAAGGAAACCAUCCCAGCAUGUGCGAUCGCGGUCUAUGCACGGAUGAAUGGCAAUGGCGGAACGGAGACACCAACGGCGGGUGCGGACGUGCAGUCUCAUCUUCACGCCGAGCCAGAGGAAGCCCAGUCCGUGGCCGUUAUCCCACCGGGCGAACCCGACGGCCCCAUCGAUGAGCCUCAGGUCGCGACUGCUGAGCAGCAGCAGGAUCCCCGUUCCAGUUCCCAAGAACCGCCUUCCAAUCCGGCGCCGCUCGCUCCGGCCUCAACGCAGAGCCCACUGGCCGAGAGCUCAUCCCCGGUCACUGGCACCGUCACCGCGCCACCCGAAACCCCGUGUCCCACCGCCAGCGCCACUGGCGACUUGCCUUUCGAGACGCAGGCCGCUGUGGCUCGCGAGCCGCACGGCGACGCUGCUGGUGUCGUUGGGGAGGUUCGGUUGGCGUUGGCAGCAGAGCCCGCGGAUGCCUUGGCCACGGAGGCGCCAGCCUUGAACGGAGAGGUGGUUUUGCCGGUGGCGGCGGCGGCGGCACCGCAGGAGCCUUUCCCCGGAGAGUACGAAGCCUUGCAAAAGAUAACGCAAAUUGGUGGAUCCGAACUACAAGAAAGUAACACUAUGAGUCCAGAGGAGCUGAAGGAAGUCCUGAAAAAGCAACUGGAAUACUACUUUUCAAGAGAGAACCUGGCAAACGACCUGUACCUGGUGUCCCAGAUGGACAGUGACCAGUAUGUCCCCAUCUGGACCAUUGCCAACUUUAACCAAGUCAAGCGGCUCACCUCCGACCUGCAACUCAUCGUAGACACACUCAAGUCAUCUGCCCUGGUGCAUGUGGAUGAGAAGGGUGAGAGGGUAAGGCCGAAUCAAAAGCGCUGCAUUGUGAUCCUGAGAGAGGUUCCCGCGAGCACGCCUGUGGAGGAGGUUGAGAAGCUGUUCACCAACGGCAACUGCGGACGGUUCGUGAGCUGCGAGUUUGCCCACAAUGACAGCUGGUACAUCACGUUUGAGACAGACGCCGACGCUCAGCAGGCUUACAAGUAUCUGAGGGAAGAUGCAAAAACAUUUCUGGGAAAACCCAUUAUGGCACGGAUAAAGGCCAAGCCCAUGGCCAUGAAUGUCUUCAUGCCGAAGAACGGGCUGCGCUCGGCGGAGGGAGGUGGCGUAGCGGGUGGCGGUGGGGCAAUUUAUGCGCAGCAACAGCAGCAGCACCAGCAGCACCAGCAACAGCAGCAGUAUGCGCCGACCAUGUACAUGCAGCCUGUGUACGCCCCACCUCCGGCACCGCCACCCCCCACUCAACAGCAGCAGCAGCAGUACCCGCUCUACAGCGUGCUGCCCCAGCCCUGGUCGGCCACACCGCAGGGAUAUUUCGACACCGCAUCUCUGGCGCAGGCGACGCAGGCACCACCUGUUUACAGGGGCGACGUGUCUGUGGAUGCGUGGUUGCAUGUGCAGGCUUUUCAGAAUGCGACCUUCCUGAAUGGGUUCUCAGCGCCCGGCCACUACAAGCACGGAAACUCGCUGCCUCACAGGCAUUUCUCCAGCAGGGGCAGGGGCGGCGGUGGCGGCGGUGGUGGUGCCAAGUCACACAUGAGGAGCCACAUCGACAAGUUGUCGUCCUCCUUCUCCGAUAGCAGCGGGGGCAGCACCGCCACGGCGCUGGCCUCGUCCACCUCUCACUUCACGCAGGACCGGGCGCCGCUUGCCAACGGGGGGGACGGGCGCGGCGUGCCGCCCCAGCGAAGGCCCCUUAGCGCCGGCGGCGGCAGCGCCGUCUUGGCCGCCGUGGGCGGCGGAGUCGGUGGCGUCGGCAGUGGCCACCGCGCCAGCUCGGAGGGCGGCUACAGAUCUGGGGCAGAGCCGCACUACCGGGCAGUUUACGAGCCGAUAGCACGCACAAAGUCGGAGACAUCCUACCCGCGGAGAGAUGAGCCCUCGCCUUCACGCCGAACGGAAAUAGACCUCGUAGACGCCAGCCUUGUGUCCGCUAGAGGAAGGAAAACUUUCAGAGGGAGAAGACGGCGGGAAGAUGACAGGACCAGCGUCACCCCCCAGGCCUCGGCAGAGCCGAACCAGCCGGUGCCACCGCUACUGGCUGCUGCUGCUGCUGUAACAGCGACGACGUCAACGGCGGCGCCACCGCUGCCGCCUCCCCCCCCGCCGCCCCUGCCAGCGCCGUGCGCCAAGCUGCUGGAGCUGGUGCCGUCGGAUUUCCCCCCCUUGCCGGGUAGUGCCCUGGCAGCGCCGGGGGCCGCGGCGCCGUGCGUGCGAGAGGGCGGCCGGCACGAGAGCCGCAUGGCGGACGUGGUGCGCUCCGGCAUCGGCAAGGGCGGGAGCGUGAACGGCGCAGCGGUGGUCGUCGCGGCCAAGGUGCCUCCGGCCCAGCCUCCCUCCGUGGCCCCUGUCUCUCUGCCCCCCAAGCCUCAGAGCCCCUCCCCGUCGCCACGUGUCACAUUUGGCAGUAGUGAAAGCUGCGUCUCCAGGGAGAGUGUCCUUCCUGGGCCCCCUCACCUCCAGGAGGCUUCCCCACCGGUCAUCGGCUCAAGCCCGAGUUCAGCCCCUGCAGUGUCUCAGAGCAAACACAGCACCAGCACGACUGAACCAAAGAAGCUGAGUUAUGCCGAAAUUUGCCAGAGGCCUCCCAAAGAACCGCCUCCCAUGCCUCCACCUUCAAGCGCCAGCAACGGUGUAUCGGCGGCGGCGGCCCCAGGAGAUGGGGAGGACUGGGAGAAUGGCGUGGAUGCGCACGGCGGCGCCACGACGCCGCAGGGUGGCAGCACCGCCACGGGGCCUCAGGGCGGUGGCACGACGGGCCCCGGGCCGGCAGAGAAGUGGAGGGGGCGGGACACGCAUACGCGACGGCCGCCGCCCGCUUCGUCCCGUCGGUACUCUCCACCCGCGGCGCAUGGGGCCGCGCGGCGGCCGUACAGAGGUGGCUACCACAGCGGACCUUUCAGGCCUUACGUGGCGCAGGCCCGGACCCCGCAGUGAGGGCUCUGGCUGAAGAGAGGAGUCCGAUGCCGGUGGCCUCCAUUGGUGGGGGUCUUUGCAAAUCUGAAGGGACCCCAUUAACAUUGAGACUCUUAACACUUGAGAGAGAGAGAGAGAGCAAUGUACGGAGCACAGAGACAAGUGAAAGCAACUUGUAAACCUCUUCUUAAUCUCCCUAAAACACCACAAUGAGCCAUAUGGGACCUACAGAAUGAUGUGGAUCUAUGGAGUAAGCAAAUAACUGUGAAGCAAGAUCGCUGACAUUUCGAUCUCCAAGGAAGAAAUGCGACUUUGCUGUUUAGUCAGACAUUGUGCGCUUGAAGAAAGCCUCUUGAUUUCUUCGGGCUCUUAGACACAAUGCACGAGUAAAUUGCAGCGCUGUUUUGUACAUGUGCAGGAGGGAGGCUGUGGUCUCGAGGAACCUAUUGCAAGCAAGGAGGGGGAGGGGUUGGUGGGGGGGAGGCAGUGUGUGCUUGAUGGACGUGGUGGGUGGCCCUGUCGAGAGAAACUCGCAACACUGCCACUCGGUGAGCCGCAAUGCUGGCAGGCGAGAGACGUUCAAUACAAUCAUCCGGACGUCUCCUGGAAGAGUGUAGUGUAUAUGUAAGCACACUAGCUAUGUACCAAAAGCCAUUAACUGCUUUUGGGGGGUGGGUGUUUGUGACCUGUGAUGUACAAAAAAUGAAUUCCCUUAAUGCGAAGUGUGAACAUAGUUGUAUUUUUGCGCUACUGUACAGACACCUUAAUUGAUUUGCUUAGAAGACAAUUUUUCCGUGAAAGCUUUGCGAGUUGUCACCUUCCAGCGUGUCCCCUCCGUCGUGCCGUCUCUGGGCAGAUUGGCGUACGCACAGGGUUUCAGGUGAAUAUUGUUUCUUCAGUUCAGGAAUCGGGAGGUUUUGGCCUGGUAGCUACUGUAAAGACAUGGGCAUCCGGACCGUCCCAGGUGUGUCCACAGCUUCACCUGGGCUCGUGUGUCCUUUAGCACUGUCAGCUGAUCGUGCCUGAAUGCCAGUUUCUUAAAUUUCAGACACGCUUGUGUUGCUGCAUCAAUUUUCAAGAUGGCUUGGUGUUUUUUUAUUUACUUACCGUUAUAUAUCAUCGCGCUUUUGCUAUACAUCAACGUGCUUCUCUACUUCUGUGUUGCUCACUCGCCUAUGAUGGCGCUUCACAGGCGACGCUCAAGUAGUUGCUGUGCUUCUCUGCAGGCUGUCUGCGGCCAAAUGUGUAAAUGUGACCAAAGGCUUUUCAGGCACUUAGCUCAAAGGCCUGGCCUCCACGUGAGAUCCAGAUGACAAAAACCAGCUGCACUCUCUUUAGCCAGGCUAUUGAAACUAGUGGGCUCAAAGAAAACCUAAAUUAAAUAUACAUUUUUGGCUCCAGAAUUUUUGUUGAAUUUCCAUUCCGGAGGGUGCGGCAAUGUCGCUAGCGUGCGUCAUCCAGGCGCUCGCAGGAAGGGGCCUGAACGUUAGAGCGUGGGUUUUUUAAUGACGCCGAAUAUGAAAUGCUCGUAUCGGAGUGCAGUGCCUGAAGAAGGCACAAUUCCUAUUCUACGUUGUUUAUCGAACUGCGUUGAUCGUUGAUUCUAACAAAUUUACCACGAAACACAGCCCCCCCUCCUCCACCCCCUCACUAGUCUAAAUAAACGGUUGUGCACAAGAGGGUAUAUUUCACAGCUGUGAGUGAUGUCAAACAGCAACAAACUGAGUGGUUUCCCGUCAUCACCAAUAGCCUGAGAUUGACCUGACAUUUCCUGGAACGUGACGCUGUGGGGGAUUACACUGUUGUGUUUUAUUCUCGCUCUGAGGGUGAUUCUGUAGCAGGUUUCACAAUUGUGAUCACGUUGGGCUCUGCUUUUGUGUAAGAAAGACCCAACUGGGAUCGUCAAUGUCACAUUUUGGGCUCGUGAUGUAGCCUUUAUGUUUUUAUAGUUUGACCGUUGUGUACCGUAUUCCCUCGCUGUUCGUGUGGAAUACGCUCCGGAGAUGCUCGUGAAUACAACAUUUCGGGGAUACUAAUAAUUAUUGGCCUACGAAAACCUAUCUUUUAAAAAAUACAUAAAUAAGCUAUUAAAUACGUGAAAAAAAAGAAAAAAAAAUUAUUAUAUGAAAAAAUUACUUAAAUAAAAAAUAAAGUAUGAAAUAAUAGUUCAUGAAUCAACUUGCCUUAAAUUAAGAUGAUCCUGCUCAUCAUCAUUUUAUCUCUUUCUCGCACCACAUUCUCUCCCGUCACUUUAUCUCAUCGCUUUCGAUGCAGCAGUCGUGUAGAGUUCCAGAUGCGAUUUGCGGAUAGCCAAAAUAGCCAACAUCGCAGACGGCAAGUUUGUGAAUAGUGAGGGGAGACUGUAUUGUUGAACAAGCUGCAUGCAAAAAGGGAAGGUUUCCGCAGUGCAGGUGAUUACCUUGACCUUGGCAACAUGCAUUUGUUAUUUUUUUUUUAAAGGCCCUUUUUGUGUUACGAAUCUGCCUCCUCGGUGGCAAGAUAGAGCACUGGCCCUGCCGCGCGUGGACUUUUGCUCUGGGACGGUGGGGGGGGGAUUGAUAGCAGGCAUGGCGCAGAUGCUUGUGACUGAUGUCCGCGCUACAAUUGAGGAUGAGGUGUGAGAAGGUUUUAAUUUGGCGAAAGGCUUCACUGAACUCGGCGAGCUGUGGAAGCCACAUUUUAGAGAUGACAUUUGUAUUUACAUGCCAGAAUUAUAAUUGGAAAAGGAAGUUUUACAUUGAAUAUUAAUGAAUUUUUUAACAGUUGUAUUACCCUGCUUGUAUGUCAAUCAAUUACGCAUAGUCGGUGAAGGACCGGUGCGUCAGACGUGUGACCUCUUGCGACAGCAUUUCUGCUAUCCCUGCCUUGCCGGUGUCACGAGUGAUUUGUUUGAUCCACGUCUCGUGGGUAGGGGGGGGUGGGGGGGAUGACCACGGGGGCGGCGCCAUUCUUUAGAGGGUCGCAGUCCACUUACAAUGUCAACCGUCAACUGAAGUGCGCAAUUUUCUGGAGUUUGCGUGUCAAAACGGGCAACGAGUCCAAAAGGUGAUGGCCGUCUUCCCUCGAAUUGAGCUCGCGAUUGCUCCGAGACUGGUCCCGGAUGCAGUGGUGACAUUUCUCAUGUGGAACCAUUUAUUUUGCACCGUAUGUAGUCAACCGUGCUCAUCAGAGGUACAGGGGAAGAACAUACUGAACAUUAAAAGCUGUAAAGAAAGUUCGAUUUUAAGAAGGCAUCUUUGGCAUCGCAUGUGGAAAGGACUGCAGCCGAUGCAUUGUCCAGGCCUCGGCAUCGUACAACAAAACUGUCAAAACAGCACUGGUUAGACUCAAUUUGGUGCCCAGACAGACCGAACCAUUUCCGGGACUGAAUGUGGUCCAGACUGUUCAAUAUUCCUGAGGCAAUGCCGAUUUAGCAGAGUGUGAUAUCGGGUCUACAUAAUCCAACAGUGGUCUGUACAGAUCCCAGGUAGACAAAUUCCUCCAGUGCCUCGACAGUGUUGCCCUUGAUAACACGGGGUGCUUCGAGAGAGAGGUCUAGAACUCAAGUUCUGGCCUUGAGACACGGGGUCCCAUUUUCCUCGCAUUGUGCAAGUUUUGGGGGAUCGGUGUGAAUGUUUCAGGCUUCUCAAUAAACCAAGCUGCAUUAUUGGUGUAGUCGAGGUCGGUCAAGUGGUGCCGGCCAAUCCUUACUCCGAGGUCAUUGGUCACGUUUUCAAAUGAUUCAGGAAAUAGCUCGACAGAAGAGCACCGGUGCGUUGACGCAUCCUUGACGUACUCCAGAUGUAAGUGUCGAAUCGUGGUGAGAAUCCUGACCCGACACGAACCUUUGCGCUUGUGGCAGGAUGCCAGGAAUCCCAAUCCCUCUCAAGACAGACAGACCAGAUCGUGGAUCGAUCCACAGAGUCAAAAUCCGCCUUCAAAUCAAUCUAAGCGACACGGAAUAGGCAGUCGAACUCGCAGUGCAGUUCUGCAACAGUGUUUCGCAAGCAGCCUGCCCAGAAUUACUUGAGCAAAAACCUUUCCUGGUCCCGAAAGUAGGGAUUUAGGUCUCCAAUUGCUGCAUGCCAUGCAGGAUUCCUUCCCGUUGUAGAGAAGCUAUUAUACUCUCUCUCCAAUCAGCAUGUACUUUGCCGCACAUCCCGAUCUUGAUGAAAAGCUCAUGUGAACUUCUGGUGAUAGGAUGCAGAGCACCUUUCAACGGUUCUGGAGAAAUACCAUCUAGCCCAGCUGCUUAACCGUUUUUCAUUUUCAUGAGGGCAUGCUGAACUUCCUCUGGAGGGAGGUGAUGUUGACCUCCAUAUUACGCGAUGGUUGUGCCGUCAACAGUGGCUUGACCACUCCCUGUGAGUUUGACCUCGCUGACACUGGAGAUAAUGAUGUUAUAUUUGGCCAGUUGGUGUACGAUGGCCUUUCAUUGAGAGUAUCUUCCAGAUAAGUAAACGGAACAGUGCUUGCAGGUCUGGCUUGACCUUGCCACAGCUGGAAUUUCAUGCCAGUCAUCCAAGCAUUGCGUGCUCGUCGACAAUGAACACCGUUUAAAUGAGGGGCUGAAACCAGGUGCUGUAAGGUUGUCUUUUCAUUUCACACGUUUGGGUUAUCCAAAACACUCUGGCAGGGGAGGUGGAGAGUGCAGUUAAAGAGAACAGCUUUUCCGUUGAUCCAGAGAGCAGCUUCUUCUGCCGAAGGUGCUAGAGACUAUGCUGCUGCCCGAUGUCCACAGCCGUUGAGGAUGCAGGUAUCCACUUCUGCCUGUUCUGCCGUUAUGAAACUUGUCCCAGAGCCCCGUCGACUGGGGUAUCAUCCGGGUUCUCCUCACAGGCCAUCACGGCUACAGUCGUGGCCCACUGUACUUGACCCUGUGAGGUAGGGUGGGCUGCCAUUUCCCAGGUUCCACGAUGGGGAUUGGGCGGGAGGUGGACUUUGGAACGUUUGUGUGUCAAUGUUACACAAAUACCGUAGUAGCAUUUACUUUCCAAGGCAGAUUCGAAGGAGAUUUUAAUUGGUUUGCAGAAUGUCUGGAAUUAAAUGUAUUUUUACGUGGAGUUUGAAGGUUGUGUUUCCCACAUCUUGUAAGUGUCCCCUCCCAGUAAAGUACACGCAGUUAUAACCUUUUUUUUUACUUUGUGACAAUUGCAUCAAGCAAGCGCAGCACUGAACAGUUUGUGCCAGGCCUCGGUAAUCUGUGGUGGAAAAUGGUAGGAAUGUACGCAUUUGAGUUGGUCCGAAUUAGAAGGACGUAAUGCUUGUUUGGGAGAUUCGUAAACCCAUCGGCUCCAGCGCCCAUGAUAAUAUUCCCCACAACUGCUUUUUGCUAACAAUACAGAUUUCUGAAAUCUAGAGAAAGUGACGGUCAAACUAGAACUCCUUCAGAUUUCCCCUCCUCAAUUGCUUGAAGUUACAUACUUGAAGUCACAGCUUAGUCCACCUGUUGGUUGAGGUUCUUUUUUAGUAUAUCUGUGGAGCUUACCAGUGUUUACCGGGCUUAUUUUAUUUAAGGUUUAUUUACUGUCUUGCACUGGUUGAGAUUGAGUGUUACAUUGUAAAUGGAGUGGGAGGGAGCAAUGUCACAAAACCCUUGCUGGAGCCAGCAAGCCGAGGCACCAACUUGGAGCACACACGAGUUUUGGAUUCGAGCGAUUGGCAUGUCAACCGGACCGCUGGGCCAGCGAAACCCCCAAAUAUAUACCCUCAUUAGUUACGCGGAAUACUUCAGCCUCACACGCCCCCUCCCCGUUGUGUUUUCAUUAAAUAGCUCUCGUCGUGACUAGCGUAUACACUGUCUAAUGCCGUGUGAGGUUUUAUUGCCGGGGAACUUCCAUCUCUUUAGCCCCCACCCAAUUAUGCGAUUUAGAUUUGUUCGUGUCUGGCCUCCUUCCCCCCCCACCCCCCAUAACAUACAGAGAGAGAGGGACUCUGCCCCAGUGAAAUUUGCACCCAAUGCACUUGCCAUUGUGAUGGGUUCUUUUAAUGUGCACAUUUUGUGUUGCAUUUAACAUUUUAAGUUGCUGUCGCGACCAAACUUUCAUUUGUUGUUGCCGAGGGCAUGGUGUGGGCAUGGUGUUAAGAAGUGAAGGCACAGGACUUGAAACGUGGAAGCGACGCCUCUCCCCCCUGCUUUUAUUUAAAGCAAGAAAGUAUGAAAUACACUAACACACACAAUGCUUUAUUAAACCAAAGUUUUGUUUGCUGGAGAUGUGUGGUGGCAAACAAACCAUCGUGUGGCACGGUUUGGGUUGCAAUGCCACACCAGCCGUGCCUAGUUUCGUCUGAUAAAUUACACGCAGUAAAGUCUUGGCUACAAUGGUUUCAGUGCACUAAUGUGUACAGGGUUAAUGAGGACUUGUCUAUAAAAUGCAAUCGAAACUGCCAAAAUGUAUUUCGGACAAAAAGGCGUGCGUUUCGGUUGUUUACGCAAUUUCAAAGUUGAUUGAAGCUCUGGAAAGUAAAAAUUUUAAUAGAAGCCAUAGCCUAAACAUAGAUUUAUUUUGACUUCCACCCCUAUAUGUGUGUAAUGCUUGUGUUAUGCAUUGUUACGUGUAGGCAGUAACGGUUUGUGGCGAACACGAAUUAGCCAGUCUCUGGGCCUCGCAAGUGGAGAAUUCUGUUGGCCAGACGAACCUCAAUGCAAACCGUUAAAGUGAUAGCUCGCACAGAAACCGAAUUAACUUUAAUGGAGAGGAUAAACUGUGUGGGGGGGGGGGGGGGGCAUUAACUCGUCAAUGUUACUAUAUCAAUUUGUUAACUUAGUGGGUCCUAUAAGCAAGUCAAUGCAAUUUGUGCUCUACAUGUGCAUGGCAACGAAGCAGCCUUCACAUUGGCCUAGCCCAGGGGUCGGCAACCAAAAUAACAAGAAGAGCCAUUUCUUUCCAAUUCGGUACAAAAUUCAGUAUUUCAAGAGCCGCAAUGCAUCUGAGUACAUACUGUACAUACGUACAUAUCGUCAAGAAGCAGCCCGUAAAGAGCCGCAUGCGGCUCCGCAGCC